GGAGGCUUUGGGGCCCCUCGCGCGGGCUGCUGCUAGGUACGGGUUCGCGACCCGCCCCCGGACCCUCACCUCAGAGACGCCUCAGGCAUAUUGGCGCGUGGGUGGUGUACGGCGCGUGUGGGCGUGUCCGAACGUGGCCGCGCUCCCCGCCUCCCAGCAGCUGGAUAGAUCGCCCCCAGGCUCCGCUCUAGUGUUCGGCCCCGUGCCCGGGCGGGCAGCGCAGAGCGCGGGAGCCGGCGGGGCUGGGCCUGCCCGUAGACCCUCGGGCAGCUGCCGCCAGCGGUACAGUCACAGAGUCGGCCGGCGGUCCGCGCGGCUGACGCGCGGAGAUGAAAUUCCCAGGCUCGGUGCUGGCGUCCGUGUUCCUGUUCGUGGCCGAGACGAUGGCGGCGCUGUACCUGAGCAGUACCUACCGCUCGGGCGGGGAUGGCAUGUGGCAGUCCCUGACGCUGCUUUUCUCGCUGCUGCCCUGCGCGCUCGUGCAGCUCACGCUCCUCUUCGUGCACCGUGACUUCAGCCGUGACCGGCCACUCGUGCUGCUGCUGCACCUGCUGCAACUUGGGCCCCUCUUCAGGUGUUUUGAAGUCUUAUGCAUCUAUUGUCAGUCAGGCCACAGUGAAGAGCCUUAUGUGAGCAUCACCAAGAAGCGACAGAUACCAAAAAAUGGCUUCUCAGAGGAGGUUGAAAAGGAAGUGGGCCAAGCAGAGGGCAAGAUGUUCACCCAUCGAUCUGCGUUCAGUCGGGCAUCGGUGAUCCAGGCUUUCCUGGGCUCAGCCCCCCAGCUGACCCUGCAGCUAUAUAUAAGCACCUUACAGCAGAACAUCACUGCCGGAAGAUGUGUUUGCAUGUUGCUAUCCCUGUUGUCCAUUGUGUAUGGAGCCUUGCGCUGCAACAUCCUAGCCAUCAAAAUCAAGUAUGAUGAAUAUGAUGUCAAAGUGAAGCCUCUGGCCUAUGUCUGCAUCUUCCUCUGGAGGAGCUUUGAGAUUGCUACUCGAGUCAUUGUCCUCGUCCUCUUUACCUCCGUCCUGAAGGCCUGGGUGGUGCUCGUCAUAUUCAUCAACUUCUUCAGCUUCUUCUUGUACCCCUGGAUCCUCUUCUGGUGCAGUGGCUCCCCAUUUCCUGAGAACAUUGAGAAGGCCCUCAGUCGAGUGGGCACCACCAUUGUUCUGUGUUUCCUCACCUUCCUUUAUGCCGGUAUCAACAUGUUCUGCUGGUCAGCUGUGCAGCUGAAAAUCAACAGCCCCGACCUCAUCAGCAAGUCCCAGAACUGGUACCGGCUACUGGUAUACUACAUGCUGAGAUUCAUUGAGAAUGCCUUCCUCCUCCUUAUGUGGUAUAUAUUCAAGACUGACAUCUAUAUGUAUGUGUGUGCACCUCUGUUGAUUUUGAAGUUGCUCAUUGGGUACUGCACAGCUGUUCUAUUCAUGCUCAUAUUCUAUCAGUUCUUCCAUCCCUGCAAAAAGCUCUUUUCCUCCAGUGUUUCUGAAAGUUUUCAGCGGUGGUUAAAGUGUGUUUGCUGUCAGUGCUGGUGGCAGAAAUCCUCAACAUCUGUAGGAAAGACAGAUGUAAGGUCAUCUGAAGACAGAGAUGAGACACCUUCUAGCAGUAAAAUAAGUUCUAUGCCCAGCCAGAUCUUGAAUGCUGAUGAGCUCUGCUCUGCUUAAUGGAACCCGAGUCUCUUGGAGCAGAAACAUUGUUCUCUGAGUUCAUUGCUGCUCAUGAUACAAGUGAUGAGUCCUGCACAGGUAACAAAGCAGGAAGUUAGUUUCAACUCCUUGUGAGUUGCUUCCUUUUAGAGAGCUCUUGGGUGUGUGGGAACAUGGAAAGAAGCCAGGGAAACAUCUGAGUAUUAGAAGAGCAGUCUAAGGCACCACCAUUCACAGUUGACUGUAUUCUCCCAGGCGUUACUGGCCUUUCCACUGACAAAGUACCCAUGAUAUCUGAGUUGAGCUGGUUAGAUCUAUCAGGUAGAAUGAGGACAGUGGCUUUCUUGUUCUCUAGUGUUCUGGAUUUCUGAUCUGGGUUGACUAAUAUUAUAUUGUCCCCAAGCAUAGUUUUCACCCAAGAGCUGGGCCUGGUGAUCAGAGAAGUUUACUGGGGUUUUGCCAUUGGCAACAUCGUUAUCAUCAGAGCUUUCAGAGAAAGCUGUUCAAGUUUGUUUUUUAAAUAGAGAGGUGUUCCAUUUUCAUUUUGUUAGGGCUCUUUUUGUAUAAUCAACUGUAGGCACCUUGGUUUGCUGUAUGCAAUAGAUUUUAAAGUCUAGAUUUGGAAACUUUAUACCCAAAGAUGGAGGGAUGCAAAAUUGAAUUCUAAAUUUGGUUAUGGGAGCCCUAGAAUUUUAGGAAAGUUUUGUGUUCCUUUAAUAUGUUGAAGAAGUUCUGGAACAAGAGGAUCGUUAAAAAAUCAAAAUGAUGUAGGCUUUUAUAAGCAGAAUUCUUAAGUUCUUUGGAAGGUUGAAAAUGUGAAGCUUAAACCUUUUCAAGGUUCAGUCCUGUCCUGCAAUUCUGGGAAAUUUCUAGUACAAUUUGCUAGGAUUUACCUUCUUAAUAAAGAAGAAAAUAAAACUCAUAGUGUUUACUGUGCUUCAUCCUUGCCUGUUAGGAGAGUUGCAGACAAUAGUUACUUUGGUUAAGUUAAAAAAAAGUUAUUUUGGUUAACUUUUUUUUUCUAGAAAACUCCACAGAAAUCUUUCACCUAGUGAGGGUAUAAAAGACAUUUCAUUUUUUAUUAGUUGAAGGAAAAAGGUUUGUCUUCUCCCACCAAGUGAGAUAUUGUCCUCAGAAACUUUUAAAUUAUAGAAAGUGAUGAAAUGACUAGAAGAUAUGUCUUUAACUGAAUGCAUUUUGACCUGUCAGCAACUAGGCUGGACAUUGCAUGUCGGUCAGGGUUGACAGUCUAAAUACUUGGCUGAACUUUCUGGCCCAUCCAGUUUCUAACAGCUAGUCUGUGAGGGGACGGGUUAAAAAUGCUGAGUUUGAGCAGGAGUAGUAGCCAGAAUUAGACAGGGAUGGAGAGAGUGGUACUUCCCAGCCUUGGUUUGGAAGCCUGUUUCAAGAACCAUUAUAAAAUCUGAGUCUUCAAAUACACUUUAAAUUAUUUUAAUGUAGAAAAUAGGUAAGCAUUUUGAGUGUUCUCAAAUCAGACUAACAUCGAUCACCCGUCAGAUUCCUAAAGCCCAAUUGUAAGCCGCUGAUAUAGGGGCAAAGGUGUUUGGUAACUAAAUUAGACAUUUUAUCAUCUUUAACCCUUGAUAUACAGAUACCUUUGCUUUGGGGCCAUGUGUGUCCGUUCACUGUAGAAGAGACAAAACACUACUUUUUUUCUGCAUGAUGAAAAUUUAAGUCAUGGUGGACUAAGAAUUUUUGUUUUAAAAUUUUUUAGAUUAUAUCUCUGAAAUAGUAAAACUAUAGUACAGACUGCAGAUCUAUGUUGCCCUAAAGACAGACAAACCAGCAAAUUCCCCUUACAUGUUGAGAGUUAAAAUGUGGUUUUCAGUUAGAAUUUCAAUUUUUUAAACUCUCAGAACUUCGUCCAAUUAAUUAUAUGUCAUAACUUCUCAUGAUACCUGCUCUAAUUGAAUUACUACCAUUUGGUGCAAUGGAAGUCAAGUAUUUUCUUAAAAUAUAUUGAAAUAAGAUCCUCAGACAUGUUUAGACUUUCCCUCUUCAUUACUGGUGGCAGUGUAGUAUAGAGAUUGUCGUCUCCCUGUCAAGCCCUACAAGUUACUUAACAGCUUUAUGCUUCAGUUUCCCCACCCACCAAAUUUAGAUGAUAUAUAUGUACUUGCCUACCUCACAAGGUUGUCAGGAAGAUCAAAUUAAAUUAUAGUGUGAAAAUGCUUUGAAAAUAUUUUUCAAGUGCCAUGUAUGUUGAAGGAGUUACUAUUAUAGUUAUUCAAAUUGAUAAACAGGUUAUUAUUACUUUUUUACUGUUAGAAAAUAAACAAGUAGGAUCAUCCACAUGAGUGUCUUGAGUAAAUACAUUGGCCUUUGGCCUUAUGGGAGGGCAAGUGUAAGUUGUCUUUACUCUUGGAGAAAACUCAGCGUUUGUCUUUAUCUUAACGUUACUUGCUUACAAAAAUUUGCACUGAAACACAGUUCUUGGAGGGAAAAGACCCACUGUGGUCUCAGAAAUUGCUUUUGAUGGCAGAUGAGUUUAUGAUUUUUGUAUCUGUCAUCUUUCAUAAAGGACAUAGCAGCAUGUUUUGGUCAUUUACAACUCAAAUCAAAUGCCUAAGAUCCUGCUAGACUUUUACUGAAUGUGGGUUUAAUCUUUUCAGCCUUGUAAAUGAGAAAACAAAUUGAUUGUCAAGUGAAGCAUUUUUUUGGAAACCACCUUGGAAAAUUACUGCUAUGUUUAUGAGUGUAUGUGUCAGUACUUCUUAGCCAGUAACUUGUGGAUGUGAGUUUUUGUAGGCUGCUGCUCUACAGCCAUUGAUGCUAGUAUUGUUUAUGUUUCUUCACAUAAUAAAUUAAUUUUUGAAAUAUU